UAGUAAUAAUUUCAUCUCAAUUUCCUACCUCGCUCCAAAAUUCUCGUGUUCAUACCUGACACGCUGUAUCCAAGAAACUCACAAGAAAGUCCCAUAUUCUCAUCGAUCAGCCCCCACGCUCAUGACUCCCCUAUAUAUACAUGCACACCCUUAUACGCGUUUACAGGGUAAAUCAUCAAAUACAGCAAUUGAUCAUUUAUCAGAGCCAUAUUUAUAUAGGACAGUCCUCUUAUAUACCAUACACAUAUAAGCCUUUCAAACAAAACCUGAUCCUGUUAACAUCUCACCUGCUAUUACUUCCUUUCACAUUCAACAACAAAUUCAGCAUGAAGAAGCAGCAGCAGCAGCAGCAGCAGAGCAACUCGAUUUUCAUUUUGGGGUCCCUUCUCCUCUUGGUUCUUUACUGGCAAGCCACAUCGGUCGCGGCGCAAGAAGUUGAGGAUGAGAGAGAAUUCGAUUAUCUGAACGCGAGCGGCAAGGGACCUCAGCAUUGGGGAGAUCUUAAGAAAGAAUGGGCAGCUUGUAAGAACGGCGAAAUCCAGUCUCCGAUUGAUAUGUCGAAUCAGAGGGUGAAUAUAAUUCAAAAAUCAAGGGCACUAGUGAGGAAUUACAAGCCUGCCAAUGCAACUGUCAAGAACAGAGGCCAUGAUAUUUCGCUUCAAUGGGUAUUUGGAGAGGCUGGAUCUAUUAAGAUCAAUGGCACUGAAUACUUUCUCCAACAAGGCCACUGGCACUCCCCUUCUGAGCACUCCAUCAAUGGCAGGAGGUAUGAUAUGGAACUGCAUUUGGUUCACGUAAGCCCGGACUCGAAUGUGAAGAAUAAGAUCGCUGUCAUUGGGGUCCUUUACAAGAUUGGUCAUGCUGAACCUUUCCUCUCCCAGUUGAUGAAGAAUAUAUCAUCUAUGAUUGAUGAGAAGGCAGAGGGUAACAUGGGGAUGAUUGAUCCAAGAGAGAUUAAAUUAGGUGGGAAAAGAUACUACAGAUACAUGGGCUCACUCACUGUUCCUCCUUGCACUGAAGGUGUUAUUUGGACCAUUGCCCGAAAGGUGAGGACUGUUGCAAGAGAUCAGGUGAAGUUACUUCGUGAGGCUGUUCAUGACUACGCAGAGGAGAAUGCAAGGCCACUGCAACCACUCAACACUAGAGAGAUCCAACUCUAUGAUACCCAGGAGAACAUAAAUAACUGACAAGACAGAGUGCUAUCAGCAGGCACAACUAGUAGUGCAGUGUCAUCGUUUUCCUAUAUAUUUUCUUUGAAUCCUAGCUACAGAGGCAUAUAUAUAUACACAUAUGAGAGAGAGAGAGAGGAAUGUUUUGAUUCUGAACUCAAUCAUGUGGCUAUGGAUGAAUCAAUAAUUUAUUCUAAUCUUUUUGUGCGCUAAUUGCUAAUGAAAUGUCAUGGAGUGUUUGAGACCUA